CAAAACUUUAAAACGUUGCCGGGAAAGUUGAGCAACUCGUUUCUUGUUUAUAUAUUAUAAAUGAUUAUUCGUGAUUGUCAUGUAUUGUUUGCAUAUUGUUUAGCCUGUCAACAAUAAAUUCUUCACUCCUGACGAAAACUUUAACAGGGAUGAAGAGAACAUCCAAAUUCAGGAGGAAGAGCACAUUCAGGAAUUCGAUAUUCACCAAAAUUCAGAAAAAGAAAAAAGUUUUAAAUAUAAUAUCAGAACAAAGAGGAACGUUCCUUCGAACAGAAAAUGGAAUAAAAUUCAUGAUAAGAUUAAAAGGAAAUAUUUCAAGAUGAUGUUCGCAUUACAUUCUAAAGAAGAAUUUACGUGUAAAUUAUGUAAACAGACAUUUACAAAUAAGAGAAUAUUAGAAACACAUCUGUUCUGUCAUAUCAGAAAAAAACCAUUUCGCUGCACAACCUGCAAUGAGAAGUUUUUGUGGCAAUUUCUUUUGCGAAGACACAUGAAAGAACACCAAACUGAAAAUAAAAACGAAAUUUCUCAUAUGAAUUUACGUUUGCAGCCAUCUGGAAUUCGAGUGAAAUCAUCUCUAAGAAAUGGUAAAAAAUCUAAUAUUCAGUGGAAAAACGACAUUUGUGGUAGACGCGUUCAAUAUGGUGAAAGCUGUUUAGAGAUACAGAAGAAAAUACACAAAGUUCACGCCUGCAAAAUAUGUGGAAAGGAAUUUAAGUGGAAAUGCAUAUGGUUACGUCAUGAAGCACGACAUAAUGAAGAACAUCCUUUCAAAUGCGAUAUUUGUAAUAAAGGUUUUAAAAGGAAAAGUGAACUAAAAAGCCAUCAAAAUUAUCAUAGUGAAGAACGUCCUUUUAAAUGCGAUAUUUGUAAUAAGGGUUUUAAAAGGAAAAGUGAACUAAAAAGCCAUCAAAAUUAUCAUAGUGAAGAACGUCCUUUUAAAUGCGAUAUUUGUAAUAAGGGUUUUAAAUUGAAAGUGCUAUUAAAAAGCCAUAAAAAAACUCAUAGUGACGAACGUCCUUUCAAAUGCGAUAUUUGUAAUAAGGAUUUUAAACAUAAAGGGGAACUAAACAGGCAUCAUGAAACUCAUAGUGAAGAACGUCCUUUCAAAUGCGAGAUUUGUAAUAAGGGUUUCAAAUUGAAAAGCAUACUAAAAAGCCAUCAAAUUUAUCAUAGUGAAGAACGCCCUUUCAAAUGUGAUAUUUGUAAUAUGGGUUUUAAACAGAAAGAACAACUAAACAGGCAUCAUGAAACUCAUAGUGAAGAACGUCCUUUCAAAUGCGAUAUUUGUAAUAAAGGAUUUAAACGUAAAGACCUACUAAAAAGGCAUCACAAAACUCAUAAUGCAGAACGUCCUUUGAAAUGCGAUAUUUGUAAUAAGGGAUUUCAACGGAAAGAUCAACUAAAAAGGCAUCAUGAAACUCAUAGUGAAGAACGUCCUUUCAAUUGCGAUAUUUGUAAUAAGGGUUUUAAAUCGAAAGAGGAACUAAAACAGCAUAAAAAAACUCAUAGUGAAAAACGUCCUUUCAAAUGCGAUAUUUGUAAUAAGGGAUUUAAACAGAAAAUGCCACUGAAAAUGCAUCAAGAAACUCAUAGUGAAGAACGUCCUUUCAAAUGCGAUAGUUGUAAUAAAGGUUUUAAGAGGAAAAGUGAACUAAAAAGACAUCAAAGUAAUCAUAGUGAAGAACGCCCUUUUAAAUGCGAUAUUUGUAAUAAGGGUUUUAAUCAGAAACUGCAACUAAAACGUCAUCAAAAUAUUCAUAAUGAAGAAUGUCCUUUUAAAUGCGAUAUUUGUAAUAAGGGUUUUAAACAGAAAGGACAUCUAAAAACCCAUCAAAGUGUGCAUAGUGAAGAACGUCCUUUCAAAUGUGAUAUUUGUAAUAAGGGUUUUAAGUGGAAAGAAUAUCUAAAAAUUCAUCAAAAUAUUCAUAGUGAAGAACGUCCUUUCAAAUGCGAUAUUUGUAAUAAGGGUUUUAAGUCCAAACCGGAAGUAAAAAGCCACCAAAAAAGUCAUAGUGAAGAACGUCCUUUUAACUGCGAUAUUUGUAAUAAGGGUUUUAAACGGAAACCUGAGCUAACAACCCAUCAGAAUAGUCAUAGUGAAGAACGUCCUUUCAACUGUGAUAUUUGUAAUAAGGGUUUCAAAUGGAAAGGGCAACUAAAACGCCAUUAUGGAACUCAUGAACGUAACUAUUCUUCUCAGGUAUGUAACAAAAGGUUAAAAACCGAAGAAAAAUAAACGUUUGCUAGCUGAUGAAAUCGUUCAUAAUAAGAAAUUCAAUUAUAGUUGUGAUAUUAUAUAACAAAUAUUUUAAAACAAAACGCUAUUUAGCAUAGUGAAGUAGUUAAUAAUUAAUUUCACCAUACUUGUAAGGUAUAUAAUUAAAGUUUUAAACGCAGUUCUAGUUUAAACGGCAUAUUCGUAUACACAGCACUGAUUAGUAAUAUUCUUGUCAUGUGUGACAAAUAUUUUAUAACAAUACGUUCUUUGGGACAGCAUAAAAUUAUUGACAGCGAUAGAAGAAAGUAUGUAUGUGACAUGUAAAAAUGCUAUGCCAAUACAAAUGCAAAAGCAUUUGUAUUGGCAUAGCAAUAGCAAAUACAAAUUGUAUUGGCAUAGCAAUAGCAAACGUUGUAUUUCUGAACAUGGAAUUAUGUAUGUAUGCAAUAUUUGUAAUAAACCAUUUAAGACUGAAAACACACUACAACGAAAAUUCCCAUUGAAAAGUGAAAUAUGUUUAAUAAAGAAUUCAAAGUAAACGUAGCUUAAUUAUUUAGCAGAAAGUUCAUUUCAACAUAAAACCGUUUUGUUGUCAGAAGUGUAAUAGACUUACUUGUUAGACAAUAAAGACAAUCUUCGUUAAGUUUGUGAAACAA